GUUCACAGAUUUAAAAGUCGCAAUGUAUUCCUGGGCCAUGCGUCAGCAAGCGCUACAGGGGCGACAGCGUUCCAGAGCAGGUGAAGACUUGUUCAACUAAAUCAGGAAGAAGACAUCAAGGAACGCUAACUGAUUGACGCUGGCAAGGAACUUCCGCGAUUGUCUGAACGGAAUUUAGCAUGAGUGGAUUUGGCAGAGCGCGUCCAUGAGGGAAUGUGGCUUGAAAUUCAGUCAACCAUCAAAUCCAACUGUCAUGUCGAGUGACAUAUUUCAGGAUUUUUCCCGGCAAUGCAUGUUAUUGUGGACUGUAUGUGACAAAUGGUCUUCCGCUUUAAUCUGGGUAUAGAGCAGUCUGCUGUAACUACGACAACGCUACACCGACAAAAUUGGCAAAGCAGAAACAGCCUGGCACGGAUACUGGUAAGCCUCGAUUCAAACAUAAUAUUCAGCCUAUGAUUAAAAUAUAUGGCUGGUCAGACCGGCUCAGGUGGAACAAACUUUAAAUUUGCGCCUUUUUUUUUUUUCAAGGGUCGAACAACAGAAAGGUUUCGUAAUGUAUUUAUUUUCUCGCAAACAUCCUUUCUCAAUUUAAAAGUGAUCCAAUAAGUAAUCAUCUCGUUUUUCUAAAGUAUCUGUGAUCUUAUUACAAUAUUUUUGGCUGGUAAUAUCUGAUUACAUAAAAAAGAAAAAAGUUAUCAGAUUACGUGUAAUCAGUUACUCCCCAUUCCUGUGGGUAUAAUAUGGCUUGGUUUGAGGCCAUGGCACGCAUAGCCUUCUAUCCGGUUCUGAGGGAAUGAAUGGACACCUGAACUGGAGACACAUCAGUAGGCUAACCUAAUUCUGUCCCAAAUGGCACCCUAGCCCCUUUGUAGUGCACUUCUUCUGAUCAAGGCCCCGAUCAAAAGAAGUGCACUACAUCGGGAAUAGGUUGCCAUUUUGGAUGCCGCCAAUCUGCUGCCUCUAUAAUUAGACCAGGUUUAGGCCAUCCAUUAGUCUUCUUUAGCACAAUUACUGACCCGCAAAUAGAUUUACUUCUCUCAAGACAUAAUGACAACAUUUUAAUGGAAAUUAUAGAUGAUAGUUACAUACAGGAACUGUGAUACUGCCACAUGAUUACUUUUAUGUAGGCCUUUAAGUGUUUGAUAGAACACACAGGGACAGUAGAAGGGUGUUGCUAAAUCAUCCACCUUGACCGCCUAACAUAAUAGUUGUAUCAGUUUAUGAACUUCUGUGACAGCCUGUGAAUGUUUACUGUGGGUGAUGUGUUCUUCUGUGACAGCCUGUGAAUAUUUACUGUGGGUGAUGUGUUCUUCUGUGACAGCCUGUGAAUAUUUACUGUGGGUGAUGUGUUCUUCUGUGACAGCCUGUGAAUAUUUACUGUGGGUGAUGUGUUCUUCUGUGACAGCCUGUGAAUAUUUACUGUGGGUGAUGUGUUCUUCUGUGACAGCCUGUGAAUAUUUACUGUGGGUGAUGUGUUCUUCUGUGACAGCCUGUGAAUAUUUACUGUGGGUGAUGUGUUCUUCUAUGACAGCCUGUGAAUAUUUACUGUGGGUGAUGUGUUCUUCUGUGACAGCCUGUGAAUAUUUACUGUGGGUGAUGUGUUCUUCUAUGACAGCCUGUGAAUGUUUACUGUGGGUGAUGUGUUCUUCUAUGACAGCCUGUGAAUGUUUACUGUGGGUGAUGUGUUCUUCUGUGACCAGUGGUGAAGGUUUAACAUCAUCACAUCAUCAUCAUGGCACCACAUCCAGUGGUCCAGGCCAUCAUAGACCUCUCAGCUGGAGCGAUAGGUAGGUCUACAUCUAGGUUUCCUCCAAAAUGGCACCCUAUUCCCUAUUCUAGUGCACUACUUUUAACCAGGGCCCAUGGGCUCUUGUGGAAAGUAGUGCUCUAUGUAGGGAAUAGGGUGGCAUUUGGGAUGCAGACGUACAGUAGGUCUGCAGUACAUUCCCUGUUCCAUAUAAAAAAAAACAUAUAACUCCCCUAACAAUGUGUGGCAGGUUGGCAACAGUAAGGAGGACACCUCCAGGCAGGUUGGCAACAGUAAGGAGGACACCUCCAGGCAGGUUGGCAACAGUAAGGAGGACACCUCCAGGCAGGUUGGCAACAGUAAGGAGGACACCUCCAGGCAGGUUGGCAACAGUAAGGAGGACACCUCCAGACAAGGAGGCAGGUUGGCAACAGUAAGGAGGACACCUCCAGUCAGGUUGGCAACAGUGAGGAGGACACCUCCAGACAAGGAGGCAGGUUGGCAACAGUAAGGAGGACACCUCCAGGCAGGUUGGCAACAGUAAGGAGGACACCUCCAGGCAGGUUGGCAACAGUAAGGAGGACACCUCCAGUCAGGUUGGCAACAGUAAGGAGGACACCGCCAGACAAGGAGUGGCAACAGUCAGGAGGACACCUCCAGACAAGGAGACAGGUUGGCAACAGUAGGGAGGACACCUCCAGACAAGGAGGCAGGUUGGCAACAGUAAGGAGGACACCUCCAGACAAGGAGUCAGGUUGGCAACAGUAAGGAGGACACCUCCAGACAAGGAGUCAGGUUGGCAACAGUAAGGAGGACACCUCCAGACAAGGAGUCAGGUUGGCAACAGUAAGGAGGACACCUCCAGACAAGGAGACAGGUUGGCAACAGUAAGGAGGACACCUCCAGACAAGGAGGCAGGUUGGCAACAGUAAGGAGGACACCUCCAGACAAGGAGACAGGUUGGCAACAGUAAGGAGGACACCUCCAGACAAGGAGUCAGGUUGGCAACAGUAAGGAGGACACCUCCAGACAAGGAGUCAGGUUGGCAACAGUAAGGAGGACACCUCCAGACAAGGAGACAGGUUGGCAACAGUAAGGAGGACACCCCCAGACAAGGAGACAGGUUGGCAACAGUAAGGAGGACACCUCCAGACAAGGAGACAGGUUGACAACAGUAAGGAGGACACCUCCAGACAAGGAGGCAGGUUGGCAACAGUAAGGAGGACACCUCCAGGCAGGUUGGCAACAGUAAGGAGGACACCUCCAGGCAGGUUGGCAACAGUAAGGAGGACACCUCCAGGCAGGUUGGCAACAGUAAGGAGGACACCUCCAGACAAGGAGACAGGUUGGCAACAGUAAGGAGGACACCUCCAGACAAGGAGGCAGGUUGGCAACAGUAGGGAGGACACCUCCAGACAAGGAGACAGGUUGGCAACAGUAGGGAGGACACCUCCAGACAAGGAGACAGGAUGGCAACAGUAAGGAGGACACCUCCAGACAAGGAGGCAGGUUGGCAACAGUAGGGAGGACACCUCCAGACAAGGAGACAGGUUGGCAACAGUAAGGAGGACACCUCCAGACAGGAGUGGCUACAGUAGGCCUGCCAUCAAAAUGUGUCGUCUGUUUUGGGAAGGUUAAGAAGGAAAAGUCAGCAGAAUAUAAUGUUGGGUGUUGUCAAGGGAUUGAUCCUGAUUCAUACGUAGUAAAUGUGCUAACAAAAUAUUAGUUUCCCUUUCACCUCUUUGUCUUCUCUCCAUCUCCCUCCUCCCCUUUCCUCUGUCUCCUCUCCAUCUCCCUCCUCCCCUCUCCUCUGUCUCCUCUCCAUCUCCCUACUCUCCUCUGUCUCCUCUCCAUCUCCCUCCCUCCUCCCCUCUCCUCUUUCCCCUCUCCAUCUCCCUACUCCCCUCUGUCCCCUCUCCAUCUCCCUCCUCCCCUCCCCUCUGUCUCCUCUGUCUUCUCUCCAUCUCCCUCCUCCCCUCCCCUCUGUCUCCUCUCCAUCUCCCUCCUCCCCUCCCCUCUGUCUCCUCUCCAUCUCCCUCCUCCCCUCUCCUCUGUCCCCUCUCCAUCUCCCUACUCCCCUCUGUCUCCUCUCCAUCUCCCUCCUCUCCUCUGUCCCCUCUCCAUCUCCCUCCUCCCCUCUCCUCUGUCCCCUCUCCAUCUCCCUCCUCCCCUCUCCUCUGUCCCCUCUCCAUCUCCCGUCUCCUCCCCUCCUCUGAUCCUAGAUCUGUACCGAGGGGAAACCUCACCCCGGAGCUGUGUUUCUAACCCUCUCCAUCUUCCUCCUCCCCUGUUGCCUCUAGGUGGGACAGCCUGUGUGUUCAGUGGCCAGCCAUUUGACACAGCCAAGGUGAAAAUGCAGACCUUCCCUUCCAUGUACCGAGGCUUCCUCCACUGCUUCAUGUCCACCUACAGGUAAAAACAGCUUGGCUUUACACCACUCCAGCCGACGCUUGGCAUUGCGCUUGGUGAUCUUAGGCUUGUGUGCGGCUGCUCGGCCAUGGAAACCCAUUUCAUGAAGCUCCCGACUAACAGUUAUUGUGCUGACGUUGCUUCCAGAGUCAGCUUGGAACUCGGUAGUGAGUGUUGCAACUGAAGACAGACGAUUGUUACUCGCUAUGCGCUUCAGCAAUCACCGGUCCCGUUCUGUGAGCUUGUGUGGCCUACCACUUCACGGCUGAACUGUUGUUGUUCCUAGACGUUUCCACUUCACAAUAACAGCACUUACAGUUGACCGGGGCAGCUCUAGCAGGGCAGUAAUUUGACAAACUGACUUGUUGGAAAGGUGGCAUCCUAUGACGGUGCCACAUUGAAGGUCACUGAGCUCUUCAGUAAGGCCAUUCUACGGCCAAUGUUUGUCUAUGGAGAUUGCAUGGCUGUGUGCUCGAUUUUAUAAACCUGUCAGCAACGGGUGUGGCUGAAAUAGCCGAAUCCACUAUUUUGAAGGGGUGUCCAGAUACUUUUGUAUAUAUAGUGUAUCUUGAUGGAGGCUACACAUCAAAACGACUGGUUGUAGUAAUACAAAUUCAUUUUUUCCAUUGUAGCAUUUUACCAAGUUUUCCAACUUCCAUUAUCCUCCAAGAGUUUCUGAUUCUGAGUACCUGUUUCCUGUCAAUGUUACCCGGUGGGUCUGUAGACAAGUGGGUCUGAGAGGGCUUUACCAAGGAGCCACCCCAGCCCUCAUAGCCAACGUCGCAGAGAACGCUGUCCUCUUCAUGAGCUAUGGUUUCUGCCAGGACGUAUUGCGGCGAAUCAC